AUGGCCAAUCGUGAGCCACGUCUGACCAUCCGCAACUCUAUCUCCAUCCUCAGCCACAGCACGUCAGCACUCAGUUCCUCUUACAACACAUCCAUUCACUUCCUCAGCAGGCUUUCCAAGCAUCAAGCCAGACUUCAUCAUGCGGGGAGGAAUGCGACUGCUGCGGCUGCGAAGAGUCCUGCUGGUGCACUGUCAUGUAAACCAGCAUCCGACAAAUGGCAAAGCGAUUCAAACUUCCGCGGGAUAUCAGGCGUUGAAACGGGUCAAGGACUAGUCUACAGCUGA